UAAAUAACCGCGAAAAAUACUACAGAAAACAUUAUCGGAUCAGGAACUAAACCAGUCAUCAUACCUCGUCGCCUUAUUAAUUUCAAAGAAGUUUGGACUUUUUCUUCAAAUCCAUUUGUAUUGCCAGCGCAGAAAGAGAUUAAUGGAAAAGGAGAUGGAUUCUUCAUCGGUCAAGAUUCGUGCUGUAGCAUCGAUUAUUGUUGCUAUCAUUAUCGCCAUUGGCGUAAUCAUCUCAGCGGUCAUCCUUUCUCGUGGAGAUUAUGGGGGUAUGGCGAAUCAGUGCAUAACAGUUGGAGGGAGAGAUCAAGAGAAAGCAAUGGAAAGCAGUAUGGCAAUGAACAUAGAAAUGAUGGAUAGUGGCAGGGAGGUUGGCAAACAGAUGAUGCGAUACAACUACGACUCUAAUACAAUUCUUGUAGAAACGGCUAAUAUCAGUGGUUUCAGUCGGGCUAACGUCGUCAUCGACUAUGACAGGGCCAUAGUAAUGAUUGAAGUACAAGGUGUAUGUUUGGCUUCAUCACUGCAUGGAGAUAUGAUGAACAUGGCAGAUAGAAUCACUGGUUAUAUGAGAACAGAUCAAGAGGUAAUCGAUAUAGCUUCAGUACGCAUCGUAAAUCUAAACUAUGAACGAAUAGGUGUCAUCCCAGCCGGUUACGUCACUCUUUCAAAUGGACCAAUCAUACGAGGGUUAUGUGCAGGAGAUGAAUCUUAUUGGACCGAACAAACUGGAAUGACUGACCAAGGCGGGCGGAAGAGACGAUCGGCAUCGGGUUCAGUACGAAUAUGCAUAUUUGGAUUUUGCUUCAAUAUUUCCUUUUAGGCAUUCAAGAGAGAAGGCCCACUGCACUGGGGAACUAAAUAAUAAUAUGUCUUUAUUGUUGUGUAUUACCAUACUAACUAUGUUAUCAUUGUAGCUUUUUCUUUUUUUGAUAUGCUUUGGGACCGGUCCACACACCAUACUCCAAAAAACAAGGGUGUUAAGAAUACAACACAUGGUGUUCACCAUGUUCACAGAGGACUACACCAAACCAGUGUUAGAUUCAUGUACACAGUUACCAAGUUACAAU